GACCGCCAUGUCGGGAGAUUAUGAAGAUGACCUCUGCCGGCGGGCGCUCAUUCUGGUCUCGGACCUGUGUACCCGGGUCCGGGAUGCCGACACCAAUGACAGGUGCCAGGAGUUUGAGGAACUUCGGAUCCGAGGCUACCCCCGGGGCCCUGAUGCAGACAUCUCCGUGAGCCUGCUGUCUGUCAUCGUGACGUUCUGCGGCAUCGUCCUCCUGGGCGUCUCCCUCUUCGUGUCCUGGAAGCUGUGCUGGGUGCCCUGGCGCGACAAGGGAGGCUCGGCAGUGGGCGGCGGCCCCCUGCGCAAAGACCUCGGCCCUGGGCUGGCGGGCCUGGUGGGUGGUGGAGGCCACCACCUCGGGGCUGGCCUGGGUGGCCACCCACUGUUGGGGGGUCCACACCAGCAUGCCCACGCUGCCCACCACCCACCCUUUGCCGAGCUGCUGGAGCCAGGUGGCCUGGGGGGCUCGGAGCCCCCCGAGCCCUCCUAUUUGGAUAUGGACUCUUACCCAGAGGCUGCCGCGGCCGUGGUGGCCGCUGGGGUCAAACCGAGCCAGACGUCCCCUGAGCUGCCCUCUGAGGGUGGGGCAGGCUCUGGGGUGCUCCUGCUGCCCCCCAGCGGGGGGAGCUUGCCCAGUGCCCAGUCGCAUCAGCAAGUCACGAGCCUGGCCCCUACUACCAGGUACCCAGCCCUGCCCCGGCCCCUCACCCAGCAGACCCUGACCACCCAACCGGACCCCAGCAGUGAGGAGCGGCCGCCUGCUCUCCCCUUACCCCUGCCGGGCGGUGAGGAAAAAGCCAAACUCAUCGGCCAGAUCAAGCCGGAGCUGUACCAGGGGACUGGCCCUGGGGGCCGGCGGGGCGGCAGCUCAGGGGACGCAGGGACGCCCUGUGGCCGCAUCAGCUUCGCCCUGAGGUACCUCUACGGCUCCGACCAGCUUGUGGUGCGGAUCCUGCAGGCCCUGGACCUCCCCGCCAAGGACUCUAAUGGCUUCUCCGAUCCCUAUGUCAAGAUCUACCUGCUGCCAGACCGCAAGAAAAAGUUUCAGACCAAGGUGCACAGGAAAACCCUGAACCCCGUCUUCAAUGAGACAUUCCAAUUUUCGGUGCCCCUGGCGGAGCUGGCCCAGCGCAAACUGCACUUCAGCGUCUACGACUUCGACCGUUUCUCACGGCAUGACCUCAUUGGCCAGGUGGUGCUGGACAACCUCCUGGAGCUGGCCGAGCAGCCCCCGGACCGCCCGCUCUGGAGGGACAUCAUGGAGGGCAGCUCGGAAAAGGCAGAUCUGGGGGAGCUCAACUUCUCACUCUGCUACCUCCCCACGGCCGGGCGCCUCACCGUGACCAUCAUCAAAGCCUCUAACCUCAAAGCGAUGGACCUCACCGGCUUCUCAGACCCCUAUGUGAAGGCCUCUCUGAUCAGCGAGGGGCGGCGUCUGAAGAAGCGAAAAACUUCCAUCAAGAAGAACACGCUGAACCCCACGUACAACGAGGCGCUGGUGUUCGACGUGGCUCCUGAGAGCGUGGAGAGCGUGGGGCUCAGCAUUGCAGUGGUGGACUACGACUGCAUUGGACACAACGAGGUGAUUGGCGUGUGCCGCGUGGGCCCAGAGGCUGCGGACCCGCACGGCCGUGAGCACUGGGCCGAGAUGCUGGCCAACCCACGCAAGCCUGUGGAGCACUGGCACCAGCUGGUGGAGGAGAAGACUUUAAGCAGUUUCACCAAGGGCGGCAAAGGACUAUCAGAAAAAGAAAACUCAGAGUGAGGGGUCUGGCCUUGGCCCAGAGACCCCAUCUCUUCUGACCCAGACCGUGAACUCAUCUCCUCGAAGCCAUAACGUCCGAGCUGCCGGCGGGGCAGCCCUGGGCCUGCCUCUCCUGCCCAUGGAGGAGUUUGGGGGGGGGCAUUCGGUCUCCGUGUGUCUGCCUUCUCUUCCUGGGCCUCCCCUCGAGGCGAGGAGGGGCCAUGCAUGUCUGGGGGACCCCUUCCCCCUCAAGCCCUCCCCCUGUGUGUCUGUCUGCUGUUUGUCCAAGACUCGGUGUCCUGCCCUCCAUCCUCAACAUGAACGUCCGUGGACAAGUCCCGUGUCUCCUCCCCCCACACACACCUGCGUCCAUCAUCCCCUCCUGGUGGCCAUCCGCCAUCCCACGCGUCGUCUGGCCAGUCCCCCCAACUGCUGCUGCUAUGAACGCCAGAAUAA